UGUUAAACUCUUGCUGGGGGAAAUAAUGGCGUUCCCUACGAUAUUCGCAGUAGCUCGGGAAGCAAUAAAACAGCUUUGCAUUACGCAGCGUGUAGCAAUAUCUCCACAGUUGAGACUUUGGUGGAGUUUGUUAAAAAAAAUGAAUCCAAAGAUGCCCUUCAAGAUUAUUUGGAUGCUGUUGAUUUCAGACUACAACAAACAGCAUUGCACAUUGCUGCUUCGCUUCAAAAAUGGCAAACAGUCUCAUUCUUGUUGGAGAACGGUGCGACUAUCAAAUACGACAAGGAAAACGAAACAGCGCUCCACCUUGCAUCUUACGUAGGCUGCAAUAAAUGCGUGGAGUCCUUGCUCGCGAAAGACAAAGCAAUUGUCAACAGUGAGAAUCUUGUUGGAGAGACACCGGCCAUGUUUGCAGCGCUCAAUAAUCAAAAAGAAACACUGGAAUUAUUACUCAGCAGAAAUGCUCAACUAUUUGCGCCGAGUCAUGCUGAUAGUAUUGAGAAGAAGAAAACAUGCUUAGACUGGGCUGUUGAGAAUAGGCGGCCAGAUAUUGUGAGGGUUAUACUCACGUACGAUCAGGGCCGAAAGUGGGAAGAGGCCAUGAAAAAAUCGUGGGUGGGUCCUGAUGGCUUGUUAGCAAAAAUGGUGGUAACUAUGCCUGAGGUAGCGAUUGAGUUCCUUAACGAAUGUGUGAAAACUCGUGCUGAUGGUACUAGCGAAUAUGAUUUCUUUGCUCUACAAACGAAAAAAGCUUCAGAAGAUAAACCUGGCGUAAAAAGUAGUGAUCAGGAGAGGGUCACGUCAUUGCAAGCUAUAGAGAUGAUGGCUAAAUAUUCACGGGUUGAGUGUUUAAAUCAUGUGGUCGUUCAGAAGUUUUUGGAUCACAAAUGGUCUGUUAGCGCCAGAAAUUGGUAUUUCAGUUGUUUUGGCGUCUACAUAAUAUUUCUGCUUUCACUAACCACUUACAUCACAUUAAUAAUAGAAGGGCGUACAAUUAGUUCAGACAAAGCUUGUGCGAUCAUCGCUUACAUCUGCUGGGUUUUCGUCAUCUUAAGCAUCAUCAAGGAAGGAUUUCAGUUAUUUCAUCAAAAAUGGCAGUACUUUUGUGUGGUCUCAACCUAUCUUGAAUUGAUUAUGUAUGUUUGUGUACUCAUAUUUUUACCGUACGACAAGAAAAGUGACCUUCAACGACUGGCCGGUGCUAUAGCGAUCUUUCUUGGAUGGAUAAAUUUCGCCUGGUUCUUAAAACUAUUUCCAAAUUAUGGAAUCUAUAUCAUAAUGGCCAAGAAAAUAUUUAUUACAUUCUUCAGGGUGUGCGUGCCAUUGUCUUUCUUCAUCAUCGCGUUUUCGAUGACAUUUUUCGUUCUUUUCAAUAAAAAAGACGACGGGUUUGACCACAUCGUAAAAUCUUUUCUUACUUCGUUCGCAAUGAUGGUCGGCGAAGUGGAUUAUCGUGACGCAUUUCUCGUAUAUGAGGGCAAAUAUAUAACAAAAGUAUUUAUUCUGAUUUUCCUUGCUUUGUUCCUGAUUCUCAUGAGUAUCCUCUUGAUGAACCUGCUAACAGGUCUUGCUGUUGGGGAUAUUGGCGUGAUCAUGAGGCGUUCGCUUGUCGAGAAACAAAUACAGAAGGCGCUGCUGAUAGUUGAUAUGGACAAACAUCUUAACAAAUACCCGUCCCUAGGCUUCGGAGGCAAAUACGUGAAACCUUUACAGGAAGGAAAGAAACCAAAUACCGCAAGCUGUGUACAAAACCUAAAGAAUGUGAUAUUUCCGCGUCUUGAUAUCCAGGAAGAGAAAGAAGCAUGCGAGAAUAAUGAAAUACUAAGACAACUUGAUAACAUGCAAAAUACGCUUCAUGAACUCAAGAAAUCUCUUCGAAAGACGCAAACGAAUUCUCUGACGAGAAAUGGAGAAUAUUUCCGUCCAAGGAGAAAUACAACGAUUUAGACGGACGUUUGCUGUACAUAGCUCUCUGUUUAUGGUCCUUUCUUCAUUCCGAAGUCUCUAAUGCCAAGGGAUUUUUCAAGUUUAUUGAAGCUGGGAAAAUGAGCACAGUAGAAAAUAAACUAUGAAUUUUAGGUGGCUGUUUUUUCCCAUUAAUUUUAGUUUUCGCUUUUAUUAAUACAAUAAAAUUUUCAUCUU